CUGCCAUUAGUUGCUGCGAGUUACCAUGAGAAACUUGACACUUGACACAUCAUUGCACGCUACAGAAUAAUACACAAAAAUUAGGCGCGUCCGCAGUGGGCCUUGUUUUUAAUUUUCAUUGCAGAUCCAUAUCUUCCACUCGUUGACAUGAAUAAAUUUCACUGACGAUACCUCACUCAUCAUGUGUGCGAGAUAGUGAUCAUCUUUAGGAAUUGUCCGGGAGGAAGACGUCUGCGAGACAGAUCGUACAAUAAUCGUUGUUUAACGUUAAUUAGAAUACCUCGAGUGUGUACCGAGCACCUCAGGUGUAAUCUACUAAUUGUACAAAUUAUCUUUAUUUCGACUGUGCGAAAUGUCGUUCAAAAAGGAUCUAAGAUUGCUCGUCAAGCCAUACUAUUUAAUAAAUAUCCUCCUCAGUGUCUCCUACAUCAUCGCCAAACGCCUUCCUGUAGUCUGUAAUUAUAUAUUUGCUCAAGACGGCUGCGAAUUUGAUGGGAGGGAGACACAGAUUCUCUUUUUCCUCAUAACUGUUGUUAUGAUAAGGACAAGAAAGACCGGCAGUGUGACCAUGAUAAAUUACUUGACGUCUAGUUUCAUGUAUACGAAAGGAGCAAACUUAAUCUUGUGGUUCUAUGCGGACGUGCGGAUGGGCAUUCUAUAUGCAUUUAUUUUUAUACUAUUUGCAUUAGUACUGCCAGAACCAAUGUAUCAAGGGCCUGAGAACGUCAUCUAUUUACGUGGAGCCAAUGGACUGCAGGAGGAAUUACAACGUGAUACCAGAGUGGUCUGGCUAGUAGCGUUUUACACUGCGUGGAACCCAGCUUGUGUAACCUUUGCACCGAUAUUUUCUGAACUUUCUGCAGAAUACGCAUUGGAGAACUUCAAAUUCGGUAAAGUGGAUGUUGGAAGACAUCCAGAUGCCGCGGCAAAGUAUCAUGUCAGUGACGCCAGCACGAGCAAGCAGCUACCAACGCUGAUACUUUUUAAAGAUGGCAAGGAAGUAGAGCGACGUCCAUACGCGGAUCAUAAAGGGAAGCUUGUUAAAUUUCUUUUCUCGCUGGACAAUGUAAAAGCUGCAUUCGAUCUCAAUAAUAUUUAUAGUGACUGUAAAAAGAAUCCUAUCAAGAGAAAAGAAAAGAAGUCAUUGAAGGCGGAAUAAUGAAGUGAAAUACUUAGGCAUUUAAUAAAAAACUACAGUUCGUAAUUAAGCGAGUUUUAAUUAGAUGAUCUUCUACUGUGUAGAAAGUACAACAAGCGCGUUAUCUUUAUCGAAUUCAGAUUCUAAAUUAAUUCUCCGUCAGCAAUCAUAUUUUUACUGCCUUCAUCUGUAAUCUGGGUCUUUUUUAUUCAAUCUAACUUUUUGUUACUGUUCUAGGCUUUCAACAAAAAAGCGGAAAAGUUCAGAGCUACUUUUCAAUAUUUCUAUUACCAAAGUUACAUUACCAUAUAGUCUUUUAAGAUAGUACACUUGCGAUAAUAUCAUCCAAAAGUUUGGUCCCAUCGCGUACUCAUUAACGAUAUCUCCAUUCCCGCUAGUAAGAGAGAAUUUUUGAUUAUGAUGUCCAAAGCUGCAUGUACAUGCGGAAAGAAAAUGAAUACAGACGUAUAGUCGUCUCCCUAUGCAAAACAAUCGAAAAUUCCAUUACGAUAGUAAAUUAUGACAUUUUUUUCACAAUAUCCAUUUCAUGCUCCUCCAUCGCAUGCUCAUUUUUUAUUAACAUAUCACUGCUAGAUCCUACAAAAAUGAACGCGAUAUUUUCAUGAAUUUUGUAGGCGACACAUAAAAAGUGAGGUUUUUUUAUGCUUGUUUUUUAUUGAAACGAUCAAUCUCAUUGUAAUUGCACAUCGUCAAAGUCUUCUAGUACAAUAUAUAGUUUCAAUUUCAAAAAAUUCUGACUGUUUUCAUUUCGCGAGUGUACUACCUUAAUUUAAAAAAUUAUUUAA